GUGGCACAGGCGAGAGAGCCCGCCUCCACGGCAGCUCACUGUUCAAUCCCAGCAGAGCAGGCGAUGUGUCGGCCUAUUGGGGCUCAGCCCAAAACAUGAGGGGAGGUACAAGCACGAGAAAAACAAUCCUAGAAAAGUCAGUGAAGGAAUCACAGCAGCAGCCACCAAAGAAAAGAGUCAGAGCCUAGAGGAAAUUUCAGGGAUCGAGCGAGACCAUGUGUGUGAGGAAGUUAACGCACCUGCUCGUUCUGCUGCUCAGCGCGGAGAUGCUGACAGGGACACCCGCUCCUGCUGUGACUGAAUUACCACAGAACCAAAUCGAGCUGACAGAAUCUGCGCCGCUUCAUAAAGAGCCUGAACAAACUCUACAGACACAGGAGCAGCCAGUUGUUGCACAGCCUGUAAUUAGCAUUAGCGAACGGGUGCAGGUUAAUCGCAAAGAGAAAAAGGAUCUUGGAACGCUAGGUUACGUUCUGGGAAUCCUCAUGGUAGUGAUAAUCAUUGCAAUCGGCAGUGGCAUUAUUGUUGGAUACAUAUAUAAAAGAGGCAGGGAUCUAAAACAGCAGCAUAAUCAACAGGUGGAGGAGCGACGGCUUCAGCUCAUGAAUCUACCACUCUCUGCAUUCUUAAAUCCCACAUGUGAUAUUGUUGAUGAGAAUAAUAUAGAGGUGCUGUCCAAUCAUACCCCAAACACAACACAGGAUGGUGUAGCUCCUCUAAUGGGCCGUGCAGGGACCCCUGGAGCAUGAAUUAGGUACAUAUGGACAGAUGACUAAUAACCUACAAGGAGCGUGACAAAAGAUGGUACCUUCGCACAUUGCAGUUCUGUGACAUUGCUGUGCAGGAACAGUGUCAAGGGAAGCAUCAUCUUUUCCCAGAUAUUUUUUUAGGUGUACACUUUUGCGCCUGGUUUUUUUGUUAUCAACAUAUGCCAUCAAGCUUUCUGUCAAUGGCUAGAGACUGCUUACGCCAACCCUUCUUUGUUGCUCUUAGACGGGAGCCUAGAGGUCUUUGCAUAGAGGAUUAUGGGGAAAAAAGUUCUGUUGACAAGUUUUAUGUGCUUUUGACUUCAUGGACUUUGGGAACAAGAAAUGCCUAGAGAGGUGCUCUCCUGCUAACUAUGUUGGCAUAUGGCACAAGAUUCUUGGAAAAACUAAAUGGUGUGAACUACUACAAUUUCAUGUAUGCAGCAUCUAGUAGGUGAAAAACCUUGAAGCAUGCCACACUGAUUAUGGGUCCAGUCAUCAUGACAAAUCCUGGGUGUAAACGUGGAGGUCCCUUCCCACACUCAGACUUGUGCUGCUGACGUUUAAACUGGACAAAAUCAAAUGUACAAACUUUAUGAAAAGUGUAUUUUUUUUUUUUUUUAUACAAGCCUUUUGUUUCUAUAAAUAAAACAUCUUUGACAUUG